AUGUCCAAGGAAGUCGCGGUCGUGAAGAAGGGGUCGGAGGAGGAUGAGUACACCAUCAAGCCCCAGGCCACCACGCCUGCUCUUGACACGAGCUCGUGGCCGCUCCUGCUCAAGAACUACGACAAGCUCCUCGUGCGAACUGGUCACUUCACCCCGAUCCCCAAUGGCUGCUCGCCUCUGAAGCGCGACCUCAAGCAGUACAUCAGCUCUGGUGUCAUCAACCUCGACAAGCCUUCUAACCCUUCCUCUCACGAGGUUGUCGCUUGGGUCAAGCGCAUUCUCCGAUGUGAAAAGACUGGUCACAGUGGUACUCUCGAUCCCAAGGUCACGGGCUGCCUGAUUGUCUGCGUUGACCGCGCCACCCGUCUCGUCAAGUCCCAACAAGGUGCUGGAAAGGAGUACGUGGCUGUCAUCCGCCUCCACGACAAGCUGCCCGGUGGCCAGGCUCAGUUCGCCCGCGCUCUCGAGACUCUCACCGGUGCGCUGUUCCAGCGUCCCCCCUUGAUCUCUGCCGUCAAGCGUCAGCUCCGUAUCCGAACCAUCCACGAGAGCAAGCUCAUCGAGUUCGACAAUGACCGACACCUGGGUGUCUUCUGGGUCAGCUGCGAGGCCGGUACCUAUAUCCGAACCCUCUGCGUUCACCUGGGUCUUCUUCUCGGUGUCGGCGGCCACAUGCAGGAGCUUCGACGUGUUCGCAGUGGUGCCAUGGACGAGACCAAGGGCCUGGUCACCCUCCACGACGUUCUCGAUGCUCAGUGGCAGAUGGACAACACCCGCGAUGAGUCGUACCUGCGCAAGGUCAUCUCGCCUCUUGAGACUCUCCUGACCUCCUACAAGCGUCUGGUCGUCAAGGACAGCGCCGUCAACGCUGUGUGCUACGGUGCCAAGCUGAUGCUUCCCGGUCUCCUGCGAUACGAGGCUGCCAUUGAGCACCACGAGGAGGUCGUCCUCAUGACCACCAAGGGUGAGGCCAUUGCUCUGGGUAUUGCUCAGAUGUCCACUGUCGAGAUGUCGACCUGCGAUCACGGUGUCGUUGCCAAGGUCAAGCGAUGCAUCAUGGAGCGCGACCUGUACCCCCGCCGAUGGGGUCUCGGCCCUGUUGCCCUUGAGAAGAAGAAGCUCAAGGCCGACGGCAAGCUCGACAAGUUCGGCCGCCCCAACGAUGCCACUCCCGCCAAGUGGACUUCUGAGUACAAGGACUUCAGCGGCAACGACACCUCUGCUGCUGCCGCCGCCGCCGCUCCUGCUACUCCCGCCAAGGAGAGCGAGGAUACCCCCAUGGCUGAGGCCGCUCCCUCGUCGCCUGCUGCUGAGGACAGCAAGGAUAAGAAGCGCAAGAAGCACGAGGGUGAGACGGCAGAGGAGAAGGCUGAGCGGAAACGACGAAAGGCGGAGAAGAAGGCGGCCAAGGCUGCUAAGAAGGCUGCCAAGGGCGAGGCGAUGGAUGAUGACAGCGAUUAA